AUGCACAGGAGGCUAGAGGCAGAGGCAGCCUGCCUCAUCUCUUCCAGGAUAACAAAGAUCAAUACACAAAAAGGGACAGUAAUGACAGACAGACAGCUUUCUGAAGAGAUAUUAGAUAAAUGACUGUCCUACCCAGAGAACCAGCAUGUACCCUUGAGCCAGCAUACACGGUUUGCUUUGAAGUCUGUCACACAGUUGGUACUGGGUAGUACAUUUGAAGAUGAACAGGAAAUCAUCCGCUUCUAAAAGAUUCAUGGCACAGUUUGGUCUGAGAUUGGAAAAGGCUUUUUAGAUGGGUCACUUGAUAAAAAUGCCACUCAGAAGAAAACAGUAACCAGAUGGACUGGGGGUGGCAUGGUUGCCCUCAUGCAGUUGGAAUCUAUUUUAAAGAAAAUUAUACAGGAAUGAAAAGGAAGGAACUUCAGUCAACCUAUCUUCAUUGACUCCUUAAUACAAGGAAACCUUAAUGAGCCGCAGAUCCUAGAAGACAGUAUGAUAUUUUCUCUGUCUGGUUGCAUAAUAACUGCAAAGUUGUGUACCUGGGUAAUCUGUUUUCUGACAACUUCUGGGGACAUUCAGAAGAAGCUCUGUAAGGAGAUAGACCAAGUUUUGGGGAAGGGUCCUCUUACUUCAGAGAAAAUUGAACAGCUAAGAUAUUGCCGACAAGUGCUUUGUGAAACUGUUCAGACUGCCAAACUAACCCCAGUUUCUGCCAAGCUUCAAGACAUUGAAGGAAAAGUCGGCCCAUUUGUUAUUUCUAAGGAGACCCUCAUCCUUUGUGCCCUCGGUGUGGUUCUUCAGAACCCCAGCACUUGGCCGUCACCACACAAGUUUAAUACAGAUCAUUUUGCUGACGAAUCAGUGAUGAAAGUGUUUUCUUCCCUUGGUUUUUCAGGAACAUGGGAAUGCCCAGAGCUGAGGGAAAUGACUGAGACAAACGUAGGAAAGGAAAGAUAA